CCCAUGGCUGUAAACAAAAACGUGAUUGUUGCCAACCAGACGCUGAAAGACGAUCGCUGAUUGGUCAAAAUCACGCCGCGCAUGCGCUGUUUACAUAUCGAGCCUUAUUUCCGUUCUAAGCCAUGGAGUCUGAAAUAGCCACUUUGCUCAAUUUAAACGCCAAUGAUCGCGAUAAUCUAUCGAAUUUAGUCGGGGAAUUCUUUGGAGAGUCUUGGAUAGAUGACCAAGAAGACGUACAAAGCGAUUUGGAUGAUGGAGAGGAGUCAGAUGAGGAUGAAUUUGACCAGACUUCUGGGACCUUCGAUUCGGUCAUGAAUAGCCAAGCUGCUGCAGAGUACAAAGAGUGCAAUGCUGGCGAUUUUGGCCAGGCUGAGUGGGAAAAGUCAUCUAAGUUCAGUUGUACUUGCAAGUAUAAUGAUGGCCAGCCUUGUCAUCAACGGUUCACAGCCCAAGAUAAGGCGCAUAGGAGAAUGGCCAUGAUGCAGCUGACACCAAGGGAGCAAAUGCUCGUUCUUUUAGGGAAGCUAUCGUGUGGAAUAAACUCCUCGGAGAUGACUGCUAAAAGCAGGAGAAAGGAGCAGACUCCACGGAAGUUGAAUCAGAAGACAACCUUCUGGCUUGAGGGACAGCAGAUUUGUCGAGAUACAUUCAUGUUUUUGCAUGUGAUUGGAAGCCCUAAACGUCUGACUGAUCUUCUCCACCAUUACACCGAAAAUGGACUUGAGCCCAAGGAAAAGAAAUCAGGAGGGAGGAAGUCGAACACCAAGUCAUUUACCUUUGAUGACACGCAGAGGGCUGUGCGCUUCCUGACUAAUUAUUCUGAGGAGAAUGCCCUUGUUCUCCCUGGUCGGGUCCCUGGGUUUAAGAGGGAAGACAUACAGUUGUUGCCUUCAUCCCAUACAAAGAUUUCAGUGUACAACUGCUACAAGGAAUCUUUAAAAGAUACAGGUCAUCGACUCAUGGGCAACAGCACGUUUAUGGACAUUUGGAAACAACUCUGUCCAUUCAUUGUUAGCGCCAAGCCGAUGUCAGAUUUGUGUUGGACCUGCCAAAACAACAACACUUUGAUCUAUCGGAGUGCCAACCUGACUGAUGAGGCGAAGAACGAACGGAUCAAAAGCCAGGAAGAACACCUCUUUCUGGUUCAGCGCGAAAGAUCGUUGUACAACUCCCUUACAAAAGAGGCCAAGAACGUUUGCAAGGCGAAUGACAUUGUUGACUUGGGACCCAAUCCACCAUGCAGCAGGGAAACAUCGAUGCACUACUCCUUUGAUUUUGCCCAGCAGGUUCAUCUGCCGAGUAACCCCAUGCAGCCUGGUCCCAUUUACUUCCUCGUUCCACGCAAAGUUGGAAUAUUUGGGAUCUGCUGUGAGGGGCUUCCUCGACAGGUGAACUUCCUGAUUGAUGAGGCCCACCUGAUCAGCAAAGGUUCAAAUGCUGUCAUAUCCUACUUGGAUUAUUUCUUCAAUAACUAUGGCCUUGGAGAGACUGAUGUUGACCUCCACUGUGACAAUUGCUCGGGACAAAAUAAAAACCGAUAUGUUUUGUGGUACUGUGCAUGGCGAGUUGCCAAGGGCCUUCACAGAUCGAUUUCGCUGCACUUCCUCAUUGCGGGGCACACAAAGUUCGCCCCAGACUGGUGCUUCGGGCUCGUGAAAAGGGCAUUCAAGCGCACUGUGGUACCGUCUCUCAGCGUAUUGGAGGAUGUAGUCAACACGUGCUCUACUCCCAACGUUGCGAAGGUGAUCGGCCGAGAAGAUGGGACAAGAGAAGUUCCGGUUUGUAACUGGCAGGACUUCUCUACUGGUUCAUGCAAGCCUGUGCCUGGAAUCAAAAAGUAUCAACACUUUAGGUUCGAUUCACAGCAUCCAGGGGUGGUAUUUGUGAAGGCGAAUUCAGAGGGUGAAGAGGCCCCAUUCCUAGUUCUCCUUCCUCAGGCUGUCUUUCCAGAUGGUCAUGCAAAGGUUAUUGAGCCACCGGGACUGCCACUCGCACGACGCCAAUACCUCUACAAGUCGAUUCGUCAAUUUGUAGAUGACCCUUACAAGGAUGUUGUGUGUCCAAGACCAGAAGCUCUGCCUGCUGAUGACUCGGACAAUGAACAGCAGGUUCCAAACGAAAUUCCAGUGGAAAAUGGACAUCUUGCUAGACAGGACAACACUAGAGGGAAAAGGGGACGCGGAGGUGGGCGUGGCGCAGGGCGUGGUCGUGGCCGUGGCAGGGGUGCAGUAGAUCGUAGCCGCAGCCCCCACUAACAUUCUAAACUCUAUUGCAAUGUACAGACUAUAAAAACAGUGAUAUUGUUUGAUUUCUGAUAAGUGAUAGGACAGUGGAUGAAGGGAACUGCUGCAGUGUAUCUGCCGGGUGAUCUGACAAAAAAAUGAAAUUUUGUAAAAAAAGAAACUGAUGUUUGAUAAUGUUCCUGAUGGAAUUUUCACUUGAAAUUUCAUGAAUAUAUUGGUCUAUCUAUGAGUAAUACAUGGUGUGAAUUUCAUUUCAUUCGCUCGAAAAUGGAUGUAUGUUGCUAAGGAGUUUAUAUUGAUCGUCUUUAAGACCAUUUUUGUCAAAAGUUGCAUUUCCCCGAAUUACUAAAAUUCAAAACUUAAAACUCCCAUAUCUCUGCCAAUUUUUGUCCGAUUCUUAGAAUUCAGGUACCAAUGAAAAGAGGUUUUUAUACUCUUUCAUUUGACACCAUUAUCUCCAUUUCUUUAAUUUGA